CCUGACUCGGUGCGUUUGAGGCCGUGGGCUUGUCCUUUCUUCACGGUGUCGGCCGCAGGCAGCUCGGUCACUGGGCAGACUCAGGGGCAGACGGAAAAUUUCAGUGACCCGGCGACCGUUCUGAUGACACAUUUCUUCUCAGACGCUGGGACCGAGGUGGCUGGCGGGGCGUGGGGCCGGCUGGUGAGGGUGGCCUGUGUGUCCCUGAAGCUCCGCUCGGUGGGGCGGUCGCUCGGCUGUGACUAGAGGGACCGGUUUGGUUUCCAAGCUGGAGACUCCGUGCUCCUGGCGGAACGUGAAGUGAACGCCGGGGGCAGGCGCGCGACGGCUUCUGUCUCUGAAAUGAGGAAACAGAAGCCCCCGGCCUCCUUGGGAGCAAGGGCUUUGCCUCCGGGGACGCCGCUCAAGGGCUGGAUUCACAGGCCUCUGGGUGGUGACACAGCAAGACUUCAUGAGCCAUGGGAGUGAGGUCGCCCUGGGCACAGAAGCACUGCAAGUCGGCAUUACGGUCAGUGCUCUGCUGGCUCAGCGGACACCGCAGGGACGGAGCAUUUUCUGAUGGAGGUUUAACCUCAGGCGGGCACCUCCAUGGCCGAUUUCCAGCUCUCGGCCCAGUGAGUGUAUGUGAUGGAGGCCGUGGAGGUGGAUGGGGCCCCGGCUGGAGUGGGACGCUGCUGUCAGGUGGGUCCCAUCUUGUCCGGUCUCAUGCGCGGCUGCCCGGGGCCUCCCUACCAGGAGCGUUGCUUGACGCAUGGCAGGCCCUUCCAUCUUGUCUGGGAAGCCUGGAGAGCUUGCGUUCGGAGGAACGGGCUCCUCCUCCCUGCAGGGAAGGCUCCCCGCUGUUACCCCCACUCAGGGCAGCAGAGCUGGUGCUGAGAGCGAAGUUCUUGAACGUGAAAUCUGGGGGGCUUUCUUGGGUCUCCUUCCAAGAUGGUGGGAGGCAGGGAUGGAUGUUGGCGGUGAUCGCUCCGACCUUUUCCCUUUGCUCCCAGGCACCCAUUAAAGGCCUCGGUGUGUGUACAGCAUGUAGAGGGCUUUCCAACAUAAACAUCAAGAUAACAUCUCAGUAGAGGCAGAAACCAGUCAUACAGGAUGCCUUUUCUUGGCUUGGAAUUCAACUGUUCCCUCGCACAAGAUGACAGCCAGCAGUUUAAAGGCCGCAGAGUCUGGAAGACUUAUUUUGGAAGGAGACGCCAAGUUGCAACAGGCUUUCCAGCAAGUGAAGGCCACGGCUGGGUGCGGCUGUGCUGGGGGGCAGCUCCUGGGGCGGGGGGCAGACUAGACCACCGGCCCCGCUCAGGGAGACAUGAGGUCCAAGGACAGCCAGCUGGCCUGCCCACUCGCGUCAGCACGGUCCCCGAGGAACUUGAUCUGCUCUGGGUCCCCACGGCCAGACCUCCAGGCCCAUCCAAACCACCCAGCUCUGGUCAGAGCCACACACUUAGAAAUUAUGAAAUCCGAUUCAGAAGACUGGAAGACUGACUAGGAGGGAAGUCUCGGGGUGGCCUUCCUGUGGGAGGGACGCCCAGGUACCGAGGCUGUGUUUUCUCUGAGCAGAACAAGACCCCACAAGCCUGAGGCACGUGAUGUCGCCCUGGGCACUCAACGGAGAGAGGUGCGCUGUCACUCGGCUGAGGAAGUCCCUGGAGGUUUGAGGAAAGGGCUGCUGGCGCCUUUGUCUUCAAAGAAAUGUUCGCCAUUGUCACUUGACACCUAUAUCUUCUGGCCAGAAAAGGCAGCUCAGAGCAGACGACACGAGGCUGAGCCCAGGAAUCAGACCUGCAACCCGGCGCCGAUUCUCACUCUGCGCUUCUCCAGGUACCGAGAGUCUAACUCCUUCACCCCCGAGUGCCCUGGGGAUGGUUGGCUGUGGGUUCAGAGCCAGGCAGGCGACUCUGGACAAACCUCUGGGUGCACCUGACGACCAGGUGGCUGGACAGGGACAGUGUUCUCUCCAGGCCGGCGAGGACCAGAUCCCAGGGGCCGCAGGACGGAGGCAGAGGGACUUCAAGGGGAACCAAUCAGAGCAGCCGAGGGGCAGGAGCUGCGUGCGGCUGUCCCCUGCGCUCCGGCAUCUCCAGGGCCCGGACAAGCCGGCACAGGGGGGACUGGGGGUGCCGGGCCAGGCGUUUGCUCCCUGCUGCCCGCUCAGGGCGCCCUUCCAGCUCCUUCCACCCACAGGCACCAGGCGCUCUGCGUUAUGCGCUCUGGGAGGCCCAGCCACGCGGGGCCGGGGUGGCCCAAUAAGGGAGCGGAAGGAAGAGGCUCUGCCGCCCUCACCCGGGGCCGACGUCCCCGCUGUGUGUCCUCCGCCUCUUCUCCACCUCGGAACCAUGCUUUCCCAGCUUGCUUCGGGGGCCUCAGGUGCAAUUUCAUUUGCGUCCUGGGGCUCCCCUCCCCCCUCCCACAGGCACGUUACAGUCCCGGGAGUGUCAGCCCCGCGUCAGACUGAGACAAGGCUGACAUCCCCCGGAUCCGAGUCCCUGGUGGGGUGGGGGCGGGGCGGCCAGUUCCUGAAGAAGCCGGCUGCUCCCCAGUGUGGUACGUGGACUCGUGGCCGCUGGGCCUUCUCCCCCUUCCUGGGGGGUUUGUACACAGAGAGAGACGGACAGAGGGAAGGAGGGAAGUGCUGGGAGGCCCGGGCCCAGCGUGUCCGUCUGACGUCGCGCGUCCGCUGUGAGCUCCUGGAGCUCAGGGGAAGGGGGGGGGGCUGGUUCCUGGCCCGGGGCCCCUCGAGGCGGUGCUCAGCCGUGGCUUCACCCAGCGUCUCCGGCUCCUCCGAGAACCUAUUUCAAGGGCCUUGGUCGUGGGAUCUCAGGACAAGUAGGUUUUAAAGCCAUUUAGGGUGGCCUGACCCUUCAGUCCUUUCCCCAUGGCUGGUGCCAUUAACUCCUCCCUCCGAUAAAGAAAAAAAAACCCCAAAUGGUUUCUUGAACUAAUAAAGACGCCAACAUGCUGGAG